CGACAGGUCACCGUCCGAACAGUUGCUGCUGAAGCGUUAGCUGAAUGCACAGCGUCUACGCAUCUCCGACCUUGUUUGUUACUUUGGUCAUUUGGUCCCAGUACCUUUGUGUUGGUCUUGUCAGCGCUACCCAGCAGCCUCACCCCUGAUAAAGCUUAGUCUUGGUCCCCAUUCUUCACGACUCAAAAAUCUAGGUCCCAGCGGCGCACCUGGGAUCAUUACGCGGAUCAAUUUCUUCUACCUUGCUCCUCCUGUCUCGUGCGUAUAGAGCACAGAGGUCGAUCUUCCUCCAAAUGUUUUCUGUUCUUCCCUAAGGUGGACGUUCAAUUGGGCUUCCGAGGCCAUUCCAUUCGUUUCAACGCGGCCAGCGACAAUGUCUCGGCCAGACAAAACACAAGAGCAGUUGAGGGCGGCCAUUGAGAUGGCCUCGCAGGGUGGUGCGCGUGCACCCUUGGAAAGCCCUAGAUCUCCAAGAUCUGGAGCUCCGCAGCAUCCUAUAAAGUCCAUGCAAGGCCCGUUUGAAGAGUCUAUUGAAGAAGCGGCGAACCCGCCUGAUACAAGCGUGCAAGAUAGCUUCAACCAACUCGACGCAAGAAAGCGAAGGCAGCGGCUGCUGGACACCGACUCGACAAACGGCACGUACAACGAGCAAUGGCGGUCACAAAGUUCGACCGCCAGGUUUCACCCACUUACCAAGAUCAUUUCUCAGGUGGCGUUUGGGGUACAUCUGUUGCACCAGCAGCUAGCGAAAUCGGAUGAAGAGGUGGUUAGAAUCUUACAGAAACAUGUGGACGAUGUGGAUAACUUUGUGCAAAGAACGGAAGAGGACUUUGAUCUCGCGAUCAACGACAUCAGGGAACGCAUCAAUUACUUAAAGCUCCCCCUUGAACACGCCGGCGUUUUUGAUGUUAUGUUGGACGACAAAACCUUCCGAAAACAAAUCCUGGAUGGCAAUGAGAAGAUCGAGAAGGUUGUGGACAAAACUUCGAUGCUCGUGAAGGACCUUCAGGUCGAUGUACAGAAAGGCAUGGAAGCAACUAUCGAAAUGGGCAAAUAUCUGGACGAUAUAUCUGAUGACUGGCCCCAGAAUGACCGAGGAUCAAUUCAGAUUUUCCAAACAAUGCAAGCUAACGUAGAAGGCUGGGUUCAAUGCAUGAGCACGCUCCAGAUGAAGGGUAAUGGUUUGAGCGUAGCUGUGGUUCAGCUGGGGAGUAUAUUGAACGAGAUGGCAAAACGGGCCGCAUCUGCAAGCCGCCGUGAACAGCGAAGAGCAGAGCGUGCGGCAAAUGGUGGAAGCAGCAGGUCUAUGUCUAGCUCACAACACCGAUAUAGCCAUUCUUCGUCCAGGCGUCAUGAACGACGCGUUUCUCAUAAGCCACUGCCAAAGGAUCCAGAUCUGAUCGCAAAAGCAGUCGAAGCAACGGUUCCAGGUGCAAAGCUGCCGCACCGGCAAAGCUCACGGCGAGAACGACGGUACGAUGCCCCUCGCGAAGCUCCCAUGGUUCCCAAAUCGUCCGCAAAUUCGAUCAAGUCAUCGAAGUCUGCAAAAUCGGGCAAGUCAGCAAAGUCGUCCAAGCAGUCGAAGAAGCCAACACCGAUUCGAACUGAUAAAAUGCCUACGCCGAAGAAAGUCGAAACAGCGAAAUCUGAGUCAAAGAAGUCAAAGAUCACGGAACUUGCAAGUGUCUUUCGCUUUCAUGGAUCAGCUGCUCCGUCAGCUGCUCCAUCCCCGUUGGCUUCCCCCACAUUGCCACCUCCUUCCUUUCCACAUUCCUCAACUGUGUCACCAUUGGCCUCACCAAGAUCAUCCUCAGCGCCGCCUCACACCGAGAAAAUAGCCCGAAAACCGGUUCCGCCACCCGCGCCUGUGGAGAUGGACGCUAACUCGACUGCUGUCUACGAGCUUGAUAACGACCCUCAGGCAACCCUGAUCGAAGCUCGAUCACGGCUAAGGGAACAGCAAUCUCAAGAAGCACUAUCCUCACGGCUUCUGCAGACUCCUAACGCGGAAGAAAACGACAAAGGCAGGACAUCGACAAGCCCGAGCAUGGGUGAAGCGACAGAUUCAGCCUACGCGUCAAGUCCUGAAACAGAGAUUCAACGACCUACCACGUCACCGACACCUCGUCCACCUGGUAUUGGGAGCCUUGGUAUCUUCCCUUCCUCGUCAAUGACCAGCCUUCCUUCUAUGGUAAAUGUCGAACAGGACAGACUGUCGGACAAAGAAAGCGUGACGGCUCUACCGGCGGUCAUAAAUCCCAUAAAUCGGCCAACAUACGCAAACUCUACUGCACCGAAAGAACCGUCAAGAUUAAGACAUGGCUCAGUGCCCAACGUGCUGCCGAAUCUGAAGAAGAAAACGAGCCUCUCGGCUCUCAAGAAAUUAUUCUCGAGAAAAACCGAGAAUAUUGAGCCAUCGCCCAGAACCAGGACGGAGAACCACGAAGGCCGCGAAACACCCUCUAUUUCGGCGAAGGAGCCCAUACUCGAAAGUCUGAUCGAGCUUCCGGGUUAGACUGUGCUUUACAUUUACUUCAGUUCCUCAACCGAGGAGUCCUAUGAUACCCAGAGAUUUUUUUUUUCUUUUUAGCUGGCUUAUUCUGUUUCAUUUGUGUUCACAAGCAUUAUAAGGAUGAUCUUGAUGCUCGACAUUAUGUUUUUGGCUGGAUGAGGACUGAACUUUGUUGUUGCGAACUGCUGCCAAGCGAGGCGUUUUCAUUUGUGCGCAAUACGUUGCUUUGCUAACCACCAUCUUCAUGGCGUUCCUGCUCAAAUUGUUGUACUUAAUGUUUUGCAGUUUUCAGGAGAACCAAUGACAAGAUCGGUCAUACCAGGGGAUUCGACUUCGGCAGCCUGACCCACGAUAUGGUUGUCAGCGUUGACCAACAUACAGCCAAUGGGACGCCGGUCCCGAACCACGGAGGAUGUUCAUGGUAUAUGCCUAGUUGUCCUCUUUGCGGCAACAGAGAAAUAUACCUGCCCAAUGCGGCAAGCGAACGCAUUUUAGACUGGGCGGCAAUAUAAAGAUAAUAUUACGAUCGAUGGGGCAAUAGCACGUUCUCUAGGGGUCGUCCCAUAACCAAGUCAGAGGCAGAAUGGAGAAGAUGGAAGACGUCGAUUAUCAAUUUCUUGAAUACGUGUCCUUUAAAGAUGUUGUUAAGAUUUGUUGGCCGGCCUUUUAUGCUUGUAUAUAGCCAGCACGCAUAACGAGGAGCACAACAGUAAAAUGCUGGACCAAGGUCUAAAGCUUUUAAUAAACA